AUGUAUGUCCAAGAUCGUUACAGCCAAUCCGGGCUGCAUGACGAUUGCCGCCUCAUUCUCCCCAUUCAUAACGACCCGGGUGUAUCAGGCAGGCAUAUGAGGAGAGACAAGAUCGAUGUCAGCUUGAUUCGGCAGUGGUUGGAUACAUGCGACGAGCUUCAUGCUCCAUGUAAAAACCAAGUCGACGAUCUGGUUCCCGAGAUGAAAGUUAUAGACUGUCUCUCAAGAACUAUCGUUCCUUACACUUCGCCGGAGGAUGGCUAUAUUGCUCUCAGUUACGUUUGGGGCUCCGAGCCUCCGACACUCAAUUUUCAAGGAAAUGUACUUGAUUCCCUUCCAAAAGUUGUCGAGGACGCAGUGGCACUUGUUCAACAAAUAGGAGUGAGAUACCUGUGGGUUGACCGGUACUGCAUUCCCCAGCAUGAUGCUAGCGUAAAAGCUCUCCAAAUCCAAAAUAUGGGUAGAAUAUACGGAGGCUCAACAUUGACGAUUAUUGCAGCUGCCGGCGAAAGCCCCCAUUACGGCCUCCCUGGCGUGAGCUCAACUUUGAAAACUCCUCAACCUGAAAUCCGUGUAGACAAUUAUUGCUUGGCUGGGUUCUUACCACCCAGAAAAGAGGUCAAAAAGUCUAUGUGGAACUCCAGAGGAUGGACCUACCAAGAAGGAAUUCUGUCAAAGCGUCGACUGGUGUUCACUGAAAGCCAGGUUUUGUUUCAAUGCUUAGGGUCGCAUUGUAGUGACAGCAUAUCCGUUCCUUUUCGUGCACUACAUUCUAAAAGGAGUGUAUUCUUUGAAAGUGUGGAUUUCGGAUAUUUCUUUCCAUCUGCGAUCCAAUUGAAAAACACCAGUUCGGUACUGUCUCAGAUUGAACGAUAUCGCUACCGCAACCUUUCUGUUGAUGCGGACGCUCUUGAUGCAAUCGCCGGGGUGUUCAAGAUGUAUGGAAGUACUAAACAACCAGUCAGAUUUCUUUGCGGCCUUCAUAUUUUUUCGAAGGAGCUCCUGCGUACCGAGUCGAACACAGAUAUCCUAGUAAAGGCACUCUCUUGGCUAGCAUGCGAAUCAUUGGUAAGACGACCACACUUCCCAAGCUGGUCAUGGGUUGGUUGGAAGAAUUUCACGAGCGCAGCAUCAACAGCACGACUGAGGUUGGCUGCAUACCCUUACACUUUCCAGUUUAAAUUGUCGGAGACGCACCAUGAUCCGAGAAAGUUUGCUCACAUUGAGGUAAAGGCCGAGUUAGAAAAUGGGCAAAUCCUGAAAUGGGAAUCUUCCCACCAUCAGAUAUUGGAUAUAUGCACCAUGGGUAAAUACCCAACUCAUCUAAGGAUUUCGGGCUGGGGAUUCCGCGGGCAGAUUAUUCGGGACAGAACCAGUGGCUGGCGUUUUGCUUCCCCAACAGCUUACAUCAACACCAGAUAUUCUGUUCAUCUGCCUGACUUAGGAUUCUGUGAGGAGGACUCAGCCACUCUUGACAUCAUUGCAAUUCUUGUAGCAACUUCACGGCGCUCAUUUAUCGACUGUCUUAUCUUCAGGAUCCUCGAGGGUGCAAAUGUACUUGAACGAAUCCGCUAUGACCGACGUUCUCUCACAGAUGACGAUACCUGCGAGUUUCUCGUUCACCCAGAUGAGAAGAGGGCCUCUUUUGGGAAUCUCCAGCUGGAAUGGACCGAGAUUCGCGUAGCUUGA